AUGUCCCUUUCUUUGCGGUUUGUGCUGAUCCUUGCUGCCUGUGAAUUGGGUGUCAGUCAGACUGUUGACUUCCUUCUGGUCCAAACUCCUCUAGGUUUGAUCAAAGGAGUUCGAACAUCCCACUCUCAGAGUUUUUGGGGAAUUCCCUAUGCAGAUGCUCCCACUGGUUGGCAUCGUUGGAAGCCACCUCAAGAUGUGUCUCCCUGGCAUGGAAUAUAUGAUGGAACCUUUCCUCGGCCAGGGUGCCAACAGCUCUGUAAGCAGUUGGUAUUUGCAUGUCCUAAACAGAUAAGUGAAGACUGCCUCUACUUGAAUGUUUUUGUUCCAUUGACUACAAGCCUCACUCCUGCACCCAAAUACCCUUCUCUGCCUGUCAUGGUGUGGAUUCAUGGAGGUAACUUCCAUGAUGGAACUGGCUCAGCACUACUAUAUGAUGGACGCUUCCUGGCAAACUCCACAAAUACUGUUGUAGUGACCAUUAACUAUCGCCUGGGGGCACUUGGUUUUCUUGUGACUGGUAUGAACUCAAGUAAGGAUAUUUCUGGAAACCUUGGCUUCCUGGACCAACAGAAGGCACUGACCUGGGUGCAAAUGAACAUUGCUAGCUUUGGUGGAGAUCCCAGAAAGGUUACUCUCUUUGGCCAGAGUGCCGGAGCACAGUCUGUGGGUCUUCAUCUGACUGUUAGAAGCAGUGAAAGCCUCUUCAAGCAAGCAAUCAUACACAGUCUGCCCUUCGCUCUUCCACUUAAAACCAAGAAGCAAGCUACUGUCAUCGGGACACGAUUUCUCAAAAUUGCCGGAUGCCUGUUUGGGGAUAUGAAGUGCAUGUUGUCAUUGACAACUGAAAAGAUUCUUGAUGCCCAGAUAAAAGCAGAUAAAGAAAUCCACACCCCGUUAAGUAUGCUAGAAACCUUUCAGCCAUGGGGACCAGUUAUUGAUGGAGAAGUUAUCGAAGAACAGACAUUUAAUGCCUUUGCAAAAGGCAUGUGGCAGAAGCACAAACCUGUCAUGGCUGGCAUUACAUCUGAGGAAGCUAACCUGUUUGUAUAUGAACUGCUGUCCGAGCCGCUUUCUAGAGGAUUGUAUGUUGCUUACCUUUUAGCUGCUUUCAACAUUCACACUCCAUUGGUUCUACUUCGUUACCCACCUCAGAAAAGUCAGGACCAGCGCCUUCUCCUUUCACAGGUAGUCUCAGACUAUGCACUUACUUGCCCAAGUCGUCGAGUCAUGAGGGACAUGGCUGAAUCUGGAGCCUCUUCCUGGCUUUACAUUUUUAGUCAGGUGGCAUCUAUAGCAAGUGCCUGGGGAAAUAAGACCUACUGCUACCAACAUGCCUGCCAUGGCUCAGACAUGCCUUUCCUUUGGAAUACUUGCAGCCUGAUAAAUCUUACUUUCACUUCUGAGGAGAGGACACUAGCAGACAGCAUGGCCUGUUUCUGGGGUAACUUUGCACAUUAUGGCCAGCCCAAUCCACAGUCUAGCAAUAAUGUAAUUAAACGCCCUGCAUUAUCUAGGGGAGAUCUAUCCCAUUCUACAAAUUACAGCAACAAACUACCUGCUUGCUCAAAGCUAAACCAGUCAGUCUAUUGGCCACAAUACUCAUUCCAAAAUGCAUGGCUUUUUAUGAACCUCACAGUCAACUUAAAUGCAACAAAGGAAUUCCGUAAGAAAUUUUGCACCUUCUGGGAUGCUUUCGUGCCAUACUGA